GCGCACAAAAGAGCCGCGGCCCCGAUCACCGGGCUCGCCAUGGACUCGCUGCCGGGCGAGGACCCCACGCUGCCCGUGGCGCUGGACGGCAGCGCCAACCCGCUGCCAGACGAUUCCCGAGGGGACCCCCAGCCUGGCCCGGCCGGCGGCGAGGUGUUACCAGAUGUGGCAGAAGAUACAGUCUCACCAACUAGAGCUCGGACCAUGAAGGACUAUGAAAAUCAAAUCACUGAUCUGAAGAAAGAGAACUUCAAUCUGAAACUUCGCAUCUAUUUUCUGGAGGAGCGCAUGCAGCAGAAGUUUGAUGGCCGCACUGAAGAAAUCUACAAAAUUAAUAUAGAGCUGAAAGUUGAGAUAGAAAGUCUGAAGCGUGAACUGCAGGAGAGAGAGAAAUUACUCAUCAAAGCCUCUAAGGCGGUUGAAAGUCUGGCCCAGGGCGGUGAUACUGAAAUACAGCGUGUCAAAGAGGAGGCACAAAAGAAGGUACAAGAAGUGGAAGAAGUCCUGACUAGCAGAAUAAACCUUCUGGAAGAGAAUCUUAAAGCUGCCCAGGAGGAGGUGGAAAAAGCCAUUGCAAAGGCAGCAAAGGAACAAGUUCUGAGAAUGGCAGCUGAGGAGAAACUUGCUUCAUUGACAAAUACACAGCCAAAGGACGUAGAUGUGAUUACAGCCGAGAAGGACAGACUUAUAGAGCAACUGAAUCUGAUCUUGAAAAAUAAAGAAGCCAUAAUUCAACACCUUGAAGAAGAAAAGGCUCAGAACGGUUCUUAUGAUGGCAGCUUACCAGCAGAAAAAAUCAGAGAACUUACCAUUGCUUUGAGACGUGAAAAAGAUGGUGAGAUAGAGAGUAUCAGAGCAGAGCUUAAAGAURAGAGAAAUUCCUUUGAGAAAAAAAUUCAGUCUCUUCAAGAAGAGCUCCGAGAGAGAGAAAAUGAGCUUGCUGUUGAAAAGAAAAAUGGUUUGAAAAGGGAUAAAACCAUUCAAGGUCUAACAGUUGCAUUGAAAGGAAAAGCAAAAGAGAAUGAAGAACUUAAUUCUGAGAUUGAAGAUUUAAAUCUUUCAUUGGCAAAGGCAAGAGAGGCAACUCACAAAGCACACAUCCAAAAAUUCAAGGGUGCUGAGGAUUAUCAAGCCCUCUUGAUGGAGAAAGAAACUCUUCUAGCAGAGCUGCGUUCAGAAAACCUCAUGAAGGAUACUGAGAACCGUAAGCUACAAAGGAGAAUUAAAAGGACGGACCAAGAGCUAAAUGACUUGAAUUUAGAAAGAGAGAAGAUGGAAAGGGAGCUGGAUGAAGCACAGCUACAGAAGAGCAGAAGUGACAAAACCAUUAAUGACCUUAGAAAUCAGCUAGAGAAAUUACAUGGUGAAAUGGCUGAGAAAGAAAAAGCAGUUGAACAUCAUUACAAUAUUCUUCUGAGUGAAAGCAAUCAGAAGUUGCAGAGCCAAGAACUAGUUAUAAAGCAGCUAACAGACAGUGUCAAUCAAAAGGAUCUAUUGCUUCAGAACCUUGAUGGAACAAUUAAAGAAAAAGAUGUAGAAUUGCAAGCCCUUAUUAAUAAGUACAAGAACCUUCUAAAAGCCAAUGAAGAACUUGAGUUGAAAAAUGAAGGCUUAAUAAAGGAAAAAUGUGUUGUACAGUCUCAGCAGUCAAUUAUCAAGAUAGUCAAAGAGCUUGAGGACAAAAAAGAAUCAGAGUAUGAAAAGUUGAUCCUUGCUUUAAGAAAGGAGCAAAAUAUUUAUUCUACUUUAGUGAAGACCUUCAAAGAAUCAGAUAGUAUAAACAGCUUGCAAACAGAACUAAACAAUAUUUCCUUGUUGCGAAAACAACUGGAAGAAGAUAUUUUAGCGAAUCGGAAUCUGCAGAAGGUCUUAGAAGAUCAAAUUAAGGAUGUUAAAACCCGRCAAGAUGAAACGCUAUCUUUUUGUGGAGAUCAAACAUCUUAUAUGAGCAUUUGUUUAGGAGAGCACGAUCAUUUGGGCCUACAGAUAGACCAGCUGUCUCUUGAAGAACUUAAGAAAAAGGUAACUGAUCUCAUUCUGAUGGUUAAGGAUCUGCAAUCAAUUAAUCAAGAGCUUAAGAAAAAACAGCUUGGACUCUGUACAGCGGAUUCUCAAGGGAAGGAAACACUAAAAAUAUUAAACUGUUGUGAGUUUCUUGAAAUAACAGAAGGGACCGUGAUGCAGACUGACGAUGGUGACAAUGACAAGAAGAUGCAGAACAGUCAAUCUUCUGAGAGGAUCAAUGAGAUAUGGCCUCAAGUAUUUGUCAAGGGACUCGAAGAUUGUCCUCAUGAUCUGGAUAAACAGAUAACUCCAUCAGGCUGUUCAGAGAGCUUCUGUGAAGAUAGACAUUAUAGGGAUCCAAAUGCGCCUCAGUUUGAACAUGAUGCAGCUGGCAAACACUUUGGCAGAAUAAGGAUGAGCGAACAUGAAACAGAAGAGAAAAACUUGCUCACAUCUCUUUUAAGAGAAAAUAGAACAUCUGUACUUGAAUCCAGGAGACAAGAGCAAAUGAAAAUUGUAAAUGAACUGUUAGAUGAUCUGAACACAACUGAGCAAGAAUGUGCAAGUGAAGAUACAGAGAAAACAGAUGAAAAAGAUCUUAGGCAAAUGAUUAUUCAACUAAGAGCUGAACUCAAACAUUUCAAGCAGGUCAAUAAAUUCUUAAAGCAGCAAGUAGAGUUGAAAACAACUUUUGAUGGGAAAGAGAAGCUUUAUCCCGAUACAGCGCCAGAGAUUAAUAAGGAUAUUGAGUUGCUGAAAGUGGAAWUGAAAGAUGCAGCUACGCAAACUUUAGAUGCUAAUGUCAUGAGAUUCAAACAUGAAGGCAAAAAUGGAGCCUCAGAAGAAAAAACAAAAUAUUCAAGAUUAAAUACAGAAAAAGAACAUCAGCAAGAAAUUGUGUAUAAGAAGGGCGAGCAGCAUGAAAGACUCAUUUUUACAAAUAGAACAAAUGAACCUGAUGCUACGUACCUGCCCAAGAAAUCCCGUCUGCCCAUCCUGUUAAAAUCAUCCAGAUCGUUAGGAAUGGGGCCUUUAACCUCCCGUACCCAGAAGUCAGAUUCACAAAUGCAGCAUCAUAUGAUGGCACUUGAUGAUGGUCAGCAAGCAUGUGGAAUCCAAAACAAACAUCUUCAACCACAAACAAAUGGCAAGUUAUUACUGAAUAAAACAAUAACUGAAAGCUGUCAAGAAGAGCCUGAACAGGAAAGUGCGUCAGUGAGAGAUGACCCAUUGACCAAACUAGGUAACAGUGAGGGCCAGAUGGAGUCACAAGAUACUGCACCUGAUACCGGUGGCAAAAACACCAUGGACAAAAACCAAGAAAACCAUCAAGAAACAGAAAAUCAUCAUAACCUAAGCAACAUGAAUAUCCAGCACUCAUUAAAAGAGAUAAAUGAAGAGUUUUAUUCCAUGGAACAUGAGGACGUUGACUCAGCCACAGCUUAUUCAGGUUCCAAGAGGCUGCUUUCUCCCAAAUUGAGUGUAACAAGUGCAGAUGCACUUGAUGACUGUGAGGUCAUAGAUGAUAUAGAAAAAAUGAAACAAAAAAUUAAGACUAUGAAGUCUGAGCUUGCAAAGUACAAAAUGUUCGUGUUUGGUUUACAGACCACUAACCAMCUUUUGUCAAGUGAUAUGUCCAAGGCAGUUUGGAGUGACACAGCCUUGCCUGUGGAAGAAYUAGUUAUGCAGUCACAAGAUACUAUUAUUGCUAUGCAAGAAACUAAGCCAUAUUCUAGUGUACAUCAGCAGAUGGAUUAUGAGAUCCAUACAGAAAACAGGAAUUCACAGCAUUCAGAAAUACCUGAUACAUGGACAACACAAAAUCUUAAGGAUGUACUAUCAGCAAAUGAGRCAGAACUCGAAAAGGAGCAAAUUGCAAAUAUGCAUCUUCUUGAUGAGGUGUGUCGUCUUCAAAACAAACUUAGAGAAGCAUCACCAUCCAGAUAUGAUUCACUGGUUCAUUCCCAAGCUCGAGAACUCUCCUUUCAACGUCAACAAAUUAAASAGAUCCGCAGUAGUUGUGUCACUUACCAUCAACAUCUGACCAGCCUCAUUAAAGCUUUUGAGGAACUGCUUCAAGCCAGUGACGUAGAUUAUUAUGUUGCUGAAGGCUUCCGUGAACAGCUAAAUCAAAGUGUACUGUUGUUUGAAAAACUAGAAAGAAAAUUCCUGCAUGGAGAGUCAAUAGGUGCUGAAGUUACUAAACUUUAUGARUUAUCUGAAAGGGGUAAGGAGAACACCACAAUGUACCAGCAACUUAAGGAUGAAUCACCUAUACCAUCUGCUUUUCAUAGCUUGUCUGACCUUGAUAUGUCGGAGAAGUCAUCUCUUGGAUCACCUGAGCACAAACCUGAGCUAGCAGAAGGACAUGGCAUACUGGCACUUCUGCCUAACAACUUCCCCCCAGAGUUAUUAAUGGAGCAUCUGCAAGAAAUUCGAAUCCUGAGACAACGUUUAGAAGACUCCAUAAAAACUAAUGAGAGACUGAGGAAGCAGCUGGAAAGACAAGUGACAGACAAGGAACUAGAUCAAGGUUCUGCAAACAUUUUUAUCCAUGGCUCAGAACAACAUAAUUCCCUGGCUUCUGAAAUUCAUUUCCUGAGGAAGCAAAAUCAAGUUCUGAAUGCAAUGCUAGCAAAAGGAUCCAGAGAUAAACAAAAGGAAAAUGAAAAGUUAAGAGAAUCCAUUUCUAAGAAGAAUGCAAUCAUUGAGCACCUUCACAAAGAUUAUGAAUGCAUCAAGAAAGAAAAUGAAAGAUUGCAGAAACUAAUUGGCAAAAAGGAGGAUGAAACCAGAUAUCUAACACGUGAGAUUUACAGCAGUCGUAAUGAAUUAAACAGGUUGCAAACAGAAGCGAAUGUAAAGCAACAUCAGCUCUCUGAGAAUGACAAAUUACUGCAGUCGCUCCGAAUUGAGCUCAAGGUCUAUGAAAAGCUGGAAGAAGCAAGGAGAAAGAAGACAGAUCCCAGACAUGAUGCAUCUGAAGAAUUUCGAAAAGAUCAAAAUAAUCCACUUGACUUACAUGAACUAUUGACUGAAAUACAGAGUUUGCGAGUACAGCUUGAAAGAAGCAUAGAGACAAACAAGACUUUACAUGAGAAAUUAGAGGAACAGCUUUCAAAAGAAAAGAGAGAAGAAGKGGGCUCCUUGUCAGCUGUGAAUAUCAACUACCUUUUCAAACAAGAAUCUCAGCAUUAUGCAGGAAUGAAUGGCACACACAUAGCAUCUAGAGAUGAUUUAGACAACACUUCACACUGCAGCAGCACCUCAUCUUCUAGUACUACGUGUACCCCUCGACUCGUGCCUGGACAUCGUAUGUGGGCAGACAAAAACGGGCGUCACGUUCUGGGCUUGAUUGAGGAUUAUAAUGCGCUGCGGAAGCAGAUUGCGGAAGGCCAGCAGGUUUUAGCAGAAAUGGAGAUUUCUUUAAGAGAGGUCGGUGGUAUGAAACUGCCAGAGCCUGGAAUCAAGGUGCCCGACCAGACCUCACCGCGGAGCUUUUCUGCAAACGUUCACACGGUACAGCAGAUUUUAGAAGAGGCUGCACGUUUAUUGAAACUUCUCUGGAGAGUCUCCCUUCCUCUGAAAGCUGCUCACAGUGCUGCCCAYGGUACUCAGGAUGAAGGAAUGAAAGCAGAAAUAUUCAGGUUGCGUAGGAAGCUAUCUGAGCAAGAGAAGAAGUUACACAGCACAGUGAAACGCUUGCACUCCACCAACCAGCUGAAGGAAAACAUGGAGAAAGUCAUCAUUGAUCAGUUGGUUUUAACCCAUGAUGUCCUGAAGAAAGCUAGAGGAAACCUGGAAGUUCAACCAGCGGAGAAUCAAAAAGCGGCUUCCUUCACCAACAAAAAAAGGAUUCUCUGAAGGAGAAAGGUCCGUUAAUAAAGACUGUUCCCCGUGCUUAUUGUUUGAUUCUUCGUGCCUUAAAUAUUUAUUGAUGUAAAAAUGUUCAUUUAGCUCU